AUGGCUCAUAAUGGAGGAGUUCAGACACGAAAGAAUGCUAAUCGAUCCAAUUCGAAUGAAGAUUCCAAUCAAUUUUCUGUUCUUGAUGAUCAUUCCCAUUCUCACAAUGAUGAUCCUAGGAGCCCUUACUAUCUAUCCACUGGUGAUCAUCCUGGCGCUAAUCUGGUUCCAAAAAUUCUUACAGAUGAAGACGAUGACGACUUUGACAUGUGGAAUCGGUGUAAUAGCCUUGUCAUUUCUUGGAUGUUACAUGCUAUCACACCUGAUAUUGCUGACAGUAUUAUGUACAUGGAGUCUGCUUCUGCCAUUUGGGAUGAGCUCCAAGAACGAUUUCAUCAAAAGAAUGCUCCAAGAAUCUUUGAAGCAAAACGGUGUAUGCAAAUCCUUACUCAAGGAUCAAAUGAUGUUACAACAUACUAUACUCGCAAAAAGGCUUUAUGGGAUCAAAUUCAAGAAUAUAGACCUACACCUGUUUGUACUUGUGGGGAAAUGAAGACUCUUUUGGCUUAUCAAGAAGGAGAUCGGGUUCUUGAAUUUAUGGUGGGCUUGAUUGAAUCUUAUACUAAUGCCAGAUCUCAAAUUCUCUUACAAGAUCCAUUACCUAGCUUUAACAAGGCUUAA